CCAAAACCAUUCAUUUUAAAUGCAUAUCUUAUAUUUACUUUAUCCUCAGGUUGCUGUGGAAAACGAGGGUAGGGCCGAUAGUGUGAGUAGCACACCAACCAAGUCCAGAUUUACAUCAAAGUUUGAUUCCAUAAAGUCUCUUGGGAAAGGAGCCUUUGGUCGGGUGUACAAAGUAAGAGAAAUACUGCGGAACAAGAAGUAUGCCGUCAAGAUUGUCCGUGUUAAAAACAAAAAAGCUCUGCGAGAGGUGAGGGCAUUAUCAGACCUUCGUCACCACAGCAUUGUGGGAUACUACACUUGUUGGAUGGAGGAUACAGGUUACAUGCAGAACAGUUCAGCAGACAGCUGCUCUUCUCAGGAAUCACCGCCAAUCCUUGAGUUCCUUUACAUUCAAAUGGAGUUGUGUGGCUCAAAAACACUUAAACACUGGAUAAAACAGAGGAAUGCGAAAACUCUGCAAGACUCCCAGAGACGACAGGAGAGUCUAACCAUCGCUCAACAAAUAGUCAGUGGAGUCGAGUACAUUCACUCCAAAGUACUCAUCCACAGGGAUCUGAAGCCUGCCAACAUCAUGUUUGGACCGGAUGGAGCAGUGAAGAUUGGAGACUUUGGUCUGGUCACUGCAGAUGAUGUCGACGAUGAAAACCCAAUGGAGAGAACUAACGAAACAGGAACCUUUUUUUACAUGGCUCCCGAACAACUUGAGACCAUCUAUGACCGGAAGGUGGACAUAUUCGCCUUCGGGCUGAUAUACUUUGAACUCCUCUGGAAACUCUCUACUGGCCAUGAAAGGGCGGAGGUUUUCAAAGAUGCCAGAAAUCAGAAGUUCCCCAAAGAGCUUCCACUUACUUUUACUCAAGAGGAACAAUUAAUGAGGUCAAUGCUGUGUAAGGAGCCAAAACAACGACCUGAAGCAAGUGCUCUAAAGGUAGAGCUGGAAAAGUUGGCCCACACUCUCAACCCCUUAAAAACUAAACAUCAGCAAAAUGUAACGUCUGACAGUCACACAAGCAGGAGAUUAUAAACAUCUGUCUCCUCUGCUCCACUCAACU